AUGGAAUUUCUUGAUUUAAAUGGUAAACUAGUUAAUGAUUCUGAAGAAAAUUUACAACAAAAUCCUGUAAAUGAUGAUGAUGAAAUUAUUAGAGAUGAAAAUAAUAUUAUCACUUCUGAACAAGAAGAAGUAUUUCAGAUGGAAGAAAAAGAAGACUUAAGAGACAAUCUAAAAAGUUUGAGAGGUGAUCUUUUGGCAGAAUACAAGCAUCUAGCAAUUGAUAUAAAAGCAAAAUGGGAGCUUAAAACUUUGUUUAAUUCU